AUGCAAUUUGGAACACUGUUUCACCCCUUACAAGUCUCGCAAGUUGGAUUGAUUGAAUCUCAAGGUCAACCAAGCAUCAUCCCAGCCAGUUACAAUAUCUUGGGCAUCUCAUCUCGCCGUAUACCAUCACAGGGGCGGCACUCUGUUAAAGUCGCCCGGCAUAUUUCAUCCAGCUCUUCCCCCACAUCACGAAAACGAGAACUCAAGCCAGCAUUAUAA